AUGGGCUUGGGCCACGAGCAAGGAUUUGGUGCCCCCUGCUUAAAAUGCAAGGAUAAGUGUGAAGGAUUUGAGCUUCAUUUCUGGAGAAAAAUAUGCCGCAACUGCAAAUGUGGCCAGGAAGAGCAUGAUGUCCUCACAAGCAAUGAGGAAGAUCGGAAAGUGGGCAAACUCUUUGAAGAUACAAAAUACACAACCCUUAUUGCAAAGCUGAAGAAUGAUGGCAUUCCCAUGUAUAAACGCAACGUAAUGAUACUGACUAAUCCAGUGCCUGCCAAGAAGAACAUAUCCAUCAAUACUGUGACUUAUGAGUGGGCUCCUCCUGUUCAGAAUCAGACACUUGCUAGGCAGUAUAUGCAGAUGCUACCCAAGGAGAAGCAGCCUGUUGCUGGCUCGGAAGGCGCGCAGUACAGGAAGAAGCAGUUGGCUAAGCAGCUGCCUGCUCAUGAUCAGGAUCCUUCAAAAUGCCACGAGCUCUCCCCCAAUGAAGUUAAGCAGAUGGAACAAUUUGUGAAGAAGUACAAAAAUGAGGCGCUUGGCGUAGGAGAUGUCAAGCUCCCUGGUGAGGUGGAAACGAGAGCUAAUGAGAAGAAUAAUGUGAACAAUGGUGACAGAGGCACCUCAGCUGCCGUAGGAGCGAUGGAGGACAAGUCCCCAGAUCGGAAGGCAUCUCAGUAUUCCUGCUAUCGCUGCAAACUGAACAUGAAAGAAGGUGACCCAGCUGUCUAUGCAGAACGUGCUGGAUAUGACAAAUUGUGGCACCCAGCUUGUUUUGUCUGUUGCACCUGCAGUGAACUUCUGGUAGACAUGAUCUAUUUCUGGAAGAAUGGUAACCUGUACUGUGGAAGACAUUAUUGUGAUAGUGAAAAACCCCGCUGUGCUGGAUGUGAUGAGCUAAUAUUCAGCAAUGAAUAUACUCAAGCGGAAGGUCAAAACUGGCAUCUGAAACACUUCUGCUGUUUUGACUGUGAUUGUGUUUUGGCUGGGGAAAUCUAUGUAAUGGUGAACGACAAGCCAGUCUGCAAACCCUGCUACGUGAAGAACCAUGCUGCGACCUGCCAAGGCUGUCAUAAUGCUAUAGAUCCAGAAGUUCAGCGUGUGACAUACAACAACUUCAACUGGCAUGCUACGCAGGAAUGCUUCUUGUGUUCCUGUUGCAGCAAGUGUCUAAUUGGCCAGAAGUUCAUGCCGGUGGAAGGAAUGGUCUUUUGCUCAGUGGAAUGUAAGAAAAAGAUGAUGUCUUAAGAGAAGACAUGCACAGAACCAAGCAUUGCUGCGUUCCAAAGGCUCUUGCAUUUCUACUGUAAAAAUAUAUAGUAUCGGGGCAUUUAAAGUUAUUGAAAGUAUUAAAUAGCAUUUUCCCAAAGAUUUUUUUUCUGAAUGACUAAAACUUGCUAUGUAACCUUCAUUUCUUAGCCAUAAUAAUACUUUCUUUUUUGGAAUAUUGUUCCUGAGUCUUAUGUCAAAUGAUUUCUUAUCCCAGAAAUGUAAGAAAAAAUGUUAUGAACUAUAUACACUUUAAGGGAGCUCUUCACUGUGAAGGAUCUUUUUGCUGUAUCUUGUCUAGUGGAAGAAGAAAAUGUGAAAAUGCUCCAAUUUUUCUUGUUUUGUGUGAUAAAUGUAACUCUUCCACUUUUGGUUUCACUAAUUUAUCAUUUUUAUAGUUUCCCUGCUUUCAUCAAGCACUUUAGACAAAAUGAUCAGCUUUACCAACACAUACAGUUUUCACUAGACCUCAAGUACGCAGGGAGAAUGAAGCUUAAAAAAAAAAAGUUGCCUGUAAUCAUUUGCUUGUUGUUCAUGCAUGAGUUCUUGAGGGAUGGUGCCUGCUCUCACAUCUAGUUUGUAAAGUAACUCUGCACCAGUAGAAAACUGCGUUGGCUCAUGUUUCUCUCUUAAACUGUUCAUGCCUGCAAAAGUUUUC